CGGAUUUUACGGUAUUGGUUUUCAAUAAGCUCGGUCAUUUUAGUCGUCAAAACCCCGUUGGCGGAACAAGGUCGCGGUUGAGACAAAAUAUAAAUGAAAUGCGAGUGCUGUACAAUUAUCGGAAGAGGACGUCGGCUUUGGCCUCGGAUCUGCGGGCCGCCAUCGAGCUGGGAAACUAUGCGGCGGUGAAGCGAUCGAUCACGCGCAACCGGCGCCUGACCCACUGUCCCAUCGGCCGGGCGGCCGACCAUCCGGUGCACGUGGCCGCGCAGUCCGGCCACCAGCACAUCGUCCGACUGCUGUUAAACCGCGGCGCCAACCCCAACGCCCGGAACAAGCACAUGAUGACACCCGCACACCUGUGCGUGUUGCACUGCCGACACGAGGUGGUCGAGUUACUCAUCGGCCACGGCGCCGAUCCGGCCGCCACGGACAGUGCCGACAACACGCCCUUGGACCUGGCCACGUUGAUGAAUGAAAUACGAUGUUUAGACGUGUUGCUGAACUGUGCCAUGCCGAAAAGUGUGGUGAACAAAGCGUUUUACAAAGCCGCUGCACGUGACAACAUUAUACUGAUGAACAGGCUGCUCAACCGCGGAGCGGACAUAGAUUACAAGGACGCGUCGACGGGGUUCACGGCACUCCUGCUGGUCGCGAAGAGCAAGAACGUGAGGGCCACACAGUUCUUGCUGGAGAAAGGCGCCAAUCCCAUGGUACACGAUCUUUAUGGUUGGACGUGUCUACAUUUUGUCGUCUUUUACGAGUUUCCCGACCGGAUACUGAAGACGAUGUUGUUGCAGACCUGCGGCCGGGAACUGAUCGACUCCCGGACGUUCAAACAGAAAACGGCGCUACACUUGGCCGCCAGGCGGGGAAAUGAGGCGGCGGCGGUGACGUUGCUCCGGGCCGGCGCCCGCGUGGACCUCCUCGACCACAAGUCUCGGACGCCGCUGUUGACCGCGCUGCACUGGCAAAAUGACGCGAUGGUCAGGCUAAUGGUUUUGGCGGGUGCCAACGUGAACCGUGCGCCCGGUUCAACCCGGGCGCCCCUGCACACGGUCGUCGCUCGGAACAACUUGUUGCUGACGCGGCUCAUGCUCGAACACGGCUCCGUCGUGGUGGAUCUGCGCAACGACGAUUUGAACUGGACGGUCAUCCAUUCGGCCUGCGAGUCUGGGGACGAGGACAUGUUGAAGUGCCUGCUGGCGUACGCAGGGCCCCACGUGCUGCAAGUGCUGCACGCCGGUGGCUGGCCCAGACCGCCACUCGUGGUGGCCGCUUCGCUGGGCCAUCGGCCGGCGGUGGACGCGCUGCUAGCGUGCGGCGUAGACGUGAACGCGCACUGCGGCAACGGCGAGACGGCGCUGCACGCGGCCGCCCGGGGUAACUGGCCGGUGCUGGUGGACCGACUGUUGGACGCGGGCGCGUGCGUCGACGCCCGUGAUGCGGUAACCGGCCGCCGACCGCUGGACGUGGCCGUGUACACGUGGGGCCGCCACUUUACGGUCACCGCGCAGCUGGUGCACUCGAUGCGGUUGGGCAAGGCGGUGGUCCGGCACGACUUGGACGCCGUCGAGUUCCUGCUGGCGUGUGGAGUGUCGCCAAACAUGACCACCGAGGCGUACGGGUCACCUCUGCACGUGGCCGUGCGGCACCACCGUUACCGCAUGAUGUCGAUCAUACUAUCGUCGAACCGUUGUCGCACAGCCGUCCGCCACAACGACGCCACGCCGUUAGACUACGCAGUGGCCAUGGGCGACGACCGCGCCGCAAAGAUGAUACUGUGGCGGGACCAGCGACGCAGGCGGUGCAGACAUCCGUCGCUGACCGCCGUGACCCCUUCUGCGAAACAGACACUGCAGAAAGCUGCGGCCCACAGGCGGGCGUCCAUCUGACUGCGCCAAACGAUGACCGAGUUUAUGUUAUUGACGUCGACGACAAUGAAGACGUUCUGUUUAUUGUUUUUACUGUUUUCAUUUUUUUCCAAUUACUUACCUACUUUAUUAAUUGUUUUUAUGUUUUUCACUAUCUUAAUGUCCUUAAGAUAAACCAACGUUUUUGGCGAUUUUUCGCCCGUUUUUUACUGCUUUCAUUAUAUUAUCAUCCCACCUCCGCCACACCACCCCAAACUUCAAUUGGAACGACUUUGUGUGGUUUUAUUUUCGAAACGCACCUUUUACGAUGUGUGCCUGCUGUAAUACAACUCCGGUCAAACUGUUAAUAUUCCGUGUUAAUAACAACAAAGUUUUCAUAGUUUUUUUUUUUUUAUUUACAUUAUUAUUUAACUUAAGAGACGUAUGUUUAGUGUUGACGAUGUAAAUUGUAAUAAACACCUAUUUAACUUUGUAUUACAUCCGAUUUCAAGGGAAUUAAAAACUGAUUUUUCUAUAAAAUUGUAAACGAAUUUUGUACAACGAUAAAUAAUAUUGCUAAUAAUAGUAUACCUGUGACAUUAAAAAAAAAAACCAACAAAAAUGUGACUUACCUGUUUGUGAUUUAUUUAUAGUAUAUAGAUUUUAGAAUAGCGUUUUAAGUGUAACUAAUAAUGUAGACCUCUACGUAGGCCUGAUACGAUGUACCUAAUAUUGUUAAUGAUUUUAUUUUGUUGCCUUAUGACUGUUUACGUAUAUAUAAAAUACAUGAAACAAUAGUAAGAUUAAAUAA